AUGCCGGAAAGCAUACGCGAUAAAGACGCGGUGUGCUGGCAAUAUAGGAGUGAACUACAUCUAAGGAGCCACAAUGUUAUAAGAACGAGAAUAAAUAGUAGUACAAAGGAAUCAAGAGAUAAUCUUCAAGUAUCCAAAGGAAGAAGGAAUAAAAGGAAUGAGACUAUAGAUAGUAUCAUGUCACAGCCACAAGUAAAUAGUCAGAAUGAAAAGGGAAACUGCGACUGGAUGUCAAGAAAGAAAAAGACGAAGAUUAUCGCCGGAGAAGAUGCGACAACAGUUAGGCGGAGAUAUACUGGAGUUCCGGCGACGGUGCGGAGGCAGAGCUCUGUUGGGUCGGCACUACAAGAGGAGGCAGAGGCAUACCUCGUCGGACUUAUUGAGGAUACAAUUUUGCGUACAAUUCAUGCAAAGAGAAUAACAAUUAUGCCAAGAGAGUAA